GUAAAUGUGUACCAUGCUCCCGUGGUCUGUCCUCUCUCUGUCGCUCAUCAUUUUUCAGUUCUGUCUACCACCGUCACUCGCCCCUCUCUCUCUCUCUCUCUCUCCCCUCGUUUUCAGUUCUCCGUUAUCGUUUGUCCUUGCCUCCCACCAUUUUCAUUUCUCUCUCUCUAGGGUUAUGUAUGGGUGAGGGGCGAGAGAGCAGUGGUGCUUUCUCUCCUAAAUUUGUAAUGUGCAUCAUCAAUCAAUGGCUUCUUCUGUGUCGAAUACUUUAGAAUUUGGGAUGGCUCCUCCUGCUUUGCUUUCUUGUGCUUCUCGUCUUUCUCUCUCUUCCUGUAAUCGCCUUUUCCUCACUUCCUCAUCACCUGCUAAAUACAACAAAGCAGUGAGUUUGCACCAUUGUAUUCAUACUUGUAAUCCAAUUCUUCCCAUUUCCUCUGCAUCUACCCUUCGAUCUGCGUUUUCUCGUUCAAGGAACAACUCCUCUAAGAACGCCAAGAAGUCAGUCCAAGAUGAGCAGUUGGAUGCUGACUCCGAUGAGGAUGCUCUUGAAGCGCUUUUCGGUCAACUGGAGGAAGAUCUAAAAAAUGACAGCUUAUUUAUGUCAGAUGAUGAUGAAGAUGAAAUCAGCGAAGCAGACCUGGCAAGGCUAGAAAAGGAAUUAAAUGAUGACUUUAUGGAUGAGGAUGAUGAUGAAGAAUCAGGAGCAUUACACUUGGAUAAAGAUAAUGAAGGAAGUCAUGAUGAUGAAGACCUGGACAUCCCUUUGAAACUCAAGAAUUGGCAACGUAGAAGAUUAGCUCAAGCUUUGAAAGUUGGUCGUCGGAAAGUCAGUAUAAAAAAUCUUGCCGGAGAGCUAGGUCUUGAUAGGGCUGUUGUCCUUAACUUGCUUCGUGAGCCUCCUCCAGAUCUUCUAUUGAUGAGUGCUUCUUUGCCUGAUGAGAUCAAAGUUAAAGAGACACCAUUGCAGAUUGAAACUGAACCUUUAGAAAGUGUUUCGACUACUGUAAAUGUUGAAGAAACUGAAGAAUCGGAGCCUGAGAAAAAAGAACCAGUCCAUGUCAUGAGGAACAGGUGGUCCACACGAAAACGAAUGAAGAAAGUGCAAGUUGAGACCCUUGAAAAGGUUUAUGAUGGUACAAAACGCCCCACUAAUGCCAUGAUUAGCAGCAUUGUGCACGUGACCAAUUUGCCAAGAAAGUCAGUUGUGAAAUGGUUCGAGGACAAGCGAGUUGAGGAAGGAGUUCCUGAUCGCCGUGUUCCAUUCCGCCGAUCUGAAUCUCACUACUAGGCGUUGAACAAGGGAAUUUCAUGGAUUUCUUGGGUGUUUUUUUGGAUAUAUGCAUUUUGCUUAUUUGCAUUGUGAGGUUAUAGCAUUUUGUGUAGAUGAUUAUCUACCAUUUGCGAGCAUCUUAUGGUUAGAGUUGUUAAUAGACUUGCAAAGUUCGUCAAAAUAUUUUCUUUACUUUGUUUGGAAUCCAAAAUAUCUGUUACAAUGGUGGAGAUGUCAUGAUUCUUCCUUUCCCAA